AUGAUCUUCACUACAGAAGAGUUGUGGUAUCUGGCAGAUACGCUUGUCUCUAGUGGAUGUCAAGUAGUGGAUCGAUUCCCUCAAAUGAUUCUGAUCGGAUUUGCGGAGGCCGUUAUCACAGUACAGUCGUUCACCGAAUGCUUCGAGAAUUGCUUGAAUUCACGUCAGCUGUAUGCAAUGAAUUGUACCAGUGUCAUGUUUUUCUAUGAGGAGAACGUGCAUAAUUGCAUCUUAAAUAGUGAAAAUCGGCGAACGCAGAAGAAGCUGUUUGUGGAAGAAAACAAGGAUAUUGUCGAUUACUUCGAAAUGAAUUGCUCGUUGACGAAUCAGAAUAAGGAAGUGAAAUAUGAGCAACCUUUGAAAAGUUAA